AUGUUGCAGAUUGUUCCAAAUGUGAUCUGUUCCCGACAAGCUCCGCCGGGAACUAUCGAUACAUUCCUCAGCCCCGAACGUCUCUCCUCCCCCACCCCCUGCCUCUACUCUUCUUCUCCAGUGUUCCCCCGUGAAACCGAAAAGCUGGAGCUGCCGUCGAUCUCGCAGGUCCACACCCGCGGCCCUGCUGAACCCCCCUGGUACAACCAGCACGCGGCCGAACGACCGCUACUGUCGGGCGAUAAGCUCCCCGCCCUCAGCUUGCCCACGGCCCAAGUUUCCUCUCGUGGUUAUCAAGACGCCAGCGUUAGCGGCAGUGCUCGCACCAGCCUGUCCGGCGCCUCGGCCGUACACGAACCCCGGAGUCCACCACACACCGACUUACAUCGGCUUUCCCUGGAUUCGGAGUAUUCUAUCGUGCCCAACGAGGCCUAUUACCCCAGCCCGACCUCGCUCGGCAGUAUGAAUCAGGCCCCGCCCUAUAUGGACGUCCAUUCCCAUAUGUCUUCCGCCCAACCAUACGCUUCCCAGGGUGCAACCGCUGGUGCCAUGUCGCAUUAUCCCUAUCAUCAACAACCGCCUGUAUUGCAGCCAGUAUCCAGCUAUGGUCCAUCAUAUCAGUAUGGGUACCCCAAUGGAGUCACCUCACCGCCAACUGGACAUCCUCCACCACCCGGCACUAUGGGUGGACAGAUGGCACCUCAGAUUUUACCGCUUCCAGGUGUAAGCAACCACCAAGGUCCCGGAGGCUACGGGAACAGUACCGGGUCGCCUUUACAAGGAUAUGUGUAUGAUUCAACGGGCCAAGUUGCUCCCCCAGGAGCCAAGCCACGUGUCACUGCAACUUUGUGGGAAGAUGAGGGGAGCCUCUGUUAUCAGGUGGAGGCUAAGGGCGUCUGUGUUGCGCGACGAGAGGACAACCACAUGAUCAACGGCACAAAGUUAUUGAAUGUCGCUGGAAUGACCCGCGGUCGCCGAGACGGAAUAUUGAAAAGUGAAAAGUUGCGCCAUGUGGUGAAAAUUGGCCCCAUGCAUUUGAAGGGUGUCUGGAUUCCAUUUGAGCGGGCGUUGGAAUUCUCCAACAAGGAGAAGAUCACAGACCUUUUGUACCCAUUGUUCGUGCACAACAUCGGUGGCCUGCUGUACCACCCAGCCAACCAGAACCGGACAAACAUGGUAGUGCAAGAAUCCCAGCGACGAAGCAUGGAAGGUCCUCCCGCUGGCCCUCAACGGACCCCGACCGCGCCCCAGUCCUCGACCUUGCAUCAUCACCAGGGGUUGCAGACUCCCAUGUCCGCUCAGAUGUCACAACCACCUUCUAUGAGUGGCCAACGUCCUGGAAUGGACCGACCCUUUCCCACUCCUCCCGCCAGUGCAUCCAGUCUCAUGGGUGUUACCAACCAGGGAAGCUCAUAUGAAUGGACAGGCCAAUCAAUGAAUUCGGGAGUCCCCCACACCCAGCCACUGUCAAUCGACACCACAUUGAACCAUCAGCAGCAACAGCGUUCAAUGCCCACAACACCGGCCACCACUCCCCCGGGUAGCAACAUGCAAGCCAUGCCUCCCUAUCAGGCACAGUCCGGCUAUGAUAGUUCUAAACCCUACUACUCUGGUCCCCCUCAGUCUCACUCCCAGUACGCCCCCAACACACCAAUGACUCAGUCUGGUAUGCCUCAGUACGCCCAGCAACUCCCUGCGGUCAAUUAUCUCAAGAGUGAAAUGGCCCCUCCGACCGGUCGCCCUCCGGGUCCUCCCGAGGGGGAAACCCCUGAGUUGAAGUCCGAGCGUUACUCCCAAAGCAAUGGUCCAGAGGAGUCAGUUCCAUCGCAGGAACCCGAGUAUCUUCAGGACCAGGGAUCGACGUACGGUGCCAACCGUGGAUCCUACACUUACUCUACUAACCCGUCGGUCGGCUCCAUGACUGGCGAACACUCGCAAUUGACUCCUGAGAUGACCGGAUCGCCGCAGCAGAACGGUUCGGGCCGCAUGACCCCACGUACUAGCGUGAGCGGACCUCCGCCGCACUGGACUUCCGGCUACAAUACCCCUCCCCGCCCAUCUGCAGCAACCACCCUAUACAAUGCCGUUAGUGACACCCGUGGUACACCGGCCAAUGGUGUUUCUGAUCCCUAUUCUAUGGCUUCAUCUUCCACACCAGUGUACCCAACCACCGUCAACGGGUCUUUGGGUGGAUCAGGUGGUAAGCGCAGACGUGAUGAUGAGGAGGUGAUCCGUCCCGAGAGUGGUGAUGGCUAUGAAAGCAAGCGUCGUAAGACCAUCACUGAGACCACCCUUGGUGGCCCUGUUGGCGGUGCUCCUCUCCUGCAGCCCAUGAAGACGAGUGGUGCUGUUAUGGCCGGCCGCCGUCGCUAA